GUUGGUUCUAGUAAACUUUUAAUAUAGGGUCUCAACAUAUCUCCUCAAGAUAAUGACUCUUAUCAUUCUUACCAAAAAAAAAAUAAUGACUCUUAUCAAUCUAUUUCGAACUGAAUCUCUCUUUAGGACAGAUAAUAAACAUUUCUUGAACAACUCUACUUGGAUAAACAAUCUACUUGGAUAAAUGAAUUGCUAUUUAAUUUUUUUUAAUGUAUUAGGUUGAUCCCUUUAUAUUUUCGACGUGGGAUACAACAUUAACCCAAGUUGCGAAGAUACUUGGAUCUUCCCCUGUUAAAGGCUAUAACUCAAGCUUUGGAGCAGACCGGUCGUAAAAGUGCGUUUGACCUAUAUCUUCCACGAGACUGUAUGAUAUAACCAUAUAUCGAUUAAACAUCUUUCCUAUGUUCGGAUUAGAGUUUCAUGAUAAUGAACUAAAUUGCUUCAUUGAUCCACAUUUGACCAUACUAUUAGUGUUGUAAUCCAACAUGUACGUUUAACCGUCUUUAACUAAGAGGUGCUUAAUACAAAAACAUGAUUACUAAAUAUUAUAUAAUAAAAAGUUACUAUAUAAACAAAGCUUCUCUGGUUAGAAACACAAACUUAUUGUUUGAGAAAUAACUCAAAACUAGAUCUAUCUAUGUUGGUGUAACUUCUUUAGAUGGCUUGUCCUGGUAUGAAAAUAUUAUAUAUACGACCAUUAUUAGCGUACGCAAGUAACGCAGCUAGAGGACACAUACCGUACACAUCUCGUACCGGAUUAUAAUUAUUUAUUGAAUCUGUAUCUUUAACAAAAUCACAUACAGAUAGACGAUCACUAACCUGAUUAAUUAAACACAGUAGAUGAUGAUCACUAACAGAAAAAAUAACAUUUUAAUAUUAAAUGGUGGGGUUUUGAUCUCGUGUUAGUGUUCCCGAAUAGGUUCAAAAAACUUGUCCCAAGUGGCCAGCACGCAUGUGGUGGCAUAGUUGUCUGCAUCUUCAAACAUAAUAAACAUGUAACGCCGACAAAACAUUUUCAGACAAUAAAAGAAAACUGUACUAUGAUUCUCAUCUCAGAUUCAGAAUCAACCACUAAUAGUAUCUCGCGUAAAUCACAAUAAAACACUGUAGUCUGUAGUUACUAUAUGGUUUGGCAAAGGUAAAACAGCAUUCUCAAACUAGUAUAAUUAUGGUUCCAUAUUGUAUAAGAUUAGACGGUAAGUAUGUUGGCUAACGCCUAACGGUCAAGGGGACGUGUCAUUAUUUAAUGUAGAUUCUUCGUCUUUUGACCAAGAUUAUUUGGCAGUUUUUAUCUAAUCCAACGGCCAAAAAGCUUCAUGCUUUAUCUAACCGUUCAUUUGUUUAGACUUGAGUAACUCAUACUGGUCCUCUAUUUAAAACUCUCUGCCUUUCACUCCCUUCUUCUAUUGAUCACUUCUUCUUUACAGUUUGAUUACACAGUCAAAGAUUAUAGCAUCAAGAAGAAAAGAUGAGGAAGCUCGUAGGGUUUAUAAUGGGGAGACGGGUUCGACGAGUCUCUAGAUGGAUUCUUGGGAAAACCCGGAUCCGUCAGUCCGGAUACAACCGGUUACACCCGACCAGACCAACUCGCAUGAUAACACUGCCGAUCACCAAACUCAAAAACUGGAGCCAACGUCUCACACAAAGGUUCAGCAUAUUGGGGUCUACGAGAAGAUCCGAAUGUAAACCUGACCCGGUUCCACGGGGACACUUGGCGGUUUACGUGGGUCAAGAAGAAGGUGACUUUCGCAGAGUUUUGGUGCCCAUUGUUUACUUUAACCAUCCUCUGUUCGGUGAGCUGCUCAGAGAAUCCGAAAAAGAGUAUGGAUUCCGACACGAAGGAGGCAUCACAAUACCUUGUCUGUAUUCAGACUUCCAACGUGUCAAAACCCGAAUCGCUUCCGGGUUGGAUUCUGAUCGGAUAUUUCCAUGGAGUCAUCUUUGCAGCAGUUAAAGACGAACAUAAGAACAUAAAGUUCUAAACGUUUUUCAAUGCUUUAUUUUUUUUACUGUUUUUCUACCUUUCUACCUUUUUCUCUUUACUCUUUUUCGUAGUAGUGAGUUAUAAUAUAAGGUGGUAAUGUAAAUACUUGUUAUUAUCGUAAUAUGAUUAUAUUGGAUAAUGAUGUGAUUAGCAUGGGGACACACUUUAAUGGUAUGAUAAAAAGCUUUUUCUUUUGUGAUGAAACCUCAAAGGAGAAGGUAAGUUUAACACGAUUCUGUUCCCUAAUGGAGAUUUUAGUGAUAAAAAAAAAGUGAUCAAUCGCUAGGAUUUGUUCGUCGCUUGCUUAUUCCCACCCACUAGCUAGCUUAACUAUAAUUCGAAUAUUAUAUAAGAAUGAGAAGGAUAAAUGUCAAGAAAGUUUUUGUUUUUGCUGGUGUCAUGUCUGACUUGGAUACUUUUGAUCUGAAAGAUGUUCAUAUCUAAAAUGGGCGUUAGUUAGAACGUGAUGCGAUUGAUAUCCAGACGAUAACUUUUUCAUUUAUAUAUUGAAUGUUGCUUACUAAUUGUUGUAUGUUUACACACGAAGAUUGUGAUUUGUGAUCAUAUAUACUAAUACAAACUAUAAACUACAAGAUUUUUUUAUCGAUUUGAGAAUUUCUCAGCUAUGUUCUCGUAUGUAUAUUCUACAUAUAUGCUAUGUCUCUUUUCUCGCUUCUGAACUUUGAAAAUCCAUUUAUAUAAAAUCGUUCAAUAGUGGAAGCACUGUAGCCUAUUGGUUAAGGUUUAAAGGCUUCUACACCCAUGUCUGGGGUUCGAAUCCCAGAUUAUGCAAUUUAUUGCAGAUUACAGAAAAUUCAAGUUUCAAGUCCCGGAGAAAGCGGUUUAUUAAACAAUUAUGCAGACUAGAGGGGAAAAACUUGCAAGGGAUCUUCAACAUGGUGCAAGUAAAUCUGGCCAGACGUGGAUCUUCAUAGGACGGCUCAGAUGAUGCAGUUAGGCGUAGGUCUUCAUAAGGCAGGUAGUAUUGUCGGUUGUCGAAUCGUCUAUGUAAUCUUUCCUAUAUCAUAAUUGUAAGAUCAUAAUAAAUCAGCGUUAAAAAAAAUCGUUCAAUCAAAAUUAAAUUAUCUUAGCAAAGAACAAAUAAAAAGAAAAAAAAAACAUAAAUCUUAAUCUCAAAGAGGAGUGGACAAUGUUAUUAUGUUAAGUAAAGAAUAAAAUUAUAACGCCCCCGACCCGUCCACGGCUAAUGGGCCAUCCACGCCCGCUCUCUCGGUCCAUGGACCUCAUCCCGUUCCAGUGAUCGGUCCGCUAAUAUUUUCUAAUGCCUGAAGCGAUUUUCUUAAGCCUUUCUAUAUAUCAUAACUCGGGAUGUUACAAAAAUACUCGUACAUUCCACCUGGUCGCAUGCAUAUUUUACCUCUAUUAUGGUAAAACGAUACUUUCACGUUAGAAAAUUACGACUAAGACCGUGAUUGUAGUCUAGUGAUAAAUGUUGCUAAGCAACCUGGGUUCCAAGAUUCCUUACUAUACUCCAUCAAGUGGCUACGCAUGUAUGGAUUUAUUGUUAAGGACUUUUUUAAAUACAUGUAUAGAAAAUCUAUCUGUGGACUGUACUUUUUCUAUAGAUCAGUUUGGGUCUUUCCAGAUUAAUCAAAAAAUUAUGAUUAAGCACAAAAAAUACAAUCAGCGCAUACAUGUAUGAAUUACGGAAUAUAAGAGCAUCUCCAAUGGUAUUUUUAUUUAUUCCUCUAGACACCAAAUAUAGAGUAAAUGUCAUUUAACAGUGCGCUAUACCAUGCACCAAAAAAAAACAGUGAUACGCCAAAUAUUGAGUAACAUUGUUUUUUUACUCUAUUUUUAUUUACAAAAUGACCUCUUCUUUUAUAUCUUUUCAGUUUUCACCAAAAGAAAAUUAUCUAUCAUAACUUUACACUUUUAAAUACUAUGUUUAGUAAAUCGUUUAUUUAUAAUUAUGUGUUGUAAUAAAUUUUUAAUUUUAAAAUAAUCAUUUAACUGUAUAAAUAGUUUAUCGUGGUAGUAUAUUGUUAUAAAAUAAAAUGAAUGGGUAAAUUUUUAAUAUUUUAAAAAUUAAAAAUUAUAUAAUAAAUUAAUAAAUAAAUAGAAAAGAGUAUAUUUGGAAUGUUUUCUUUUAGAGUAGUAAAUAUAAGUUACUAUUGGAACAAAAUCCUCUUCUAUGUUCAGAUUAUUAUAUUUUUAGAGUAAAAAAUAGAGAAAAUCAUUAGAGAUGAUUUCGGAAACAAUAUAUGGUUCCGGUAAUGUUGUAUAGGUAUAUAAAUAAACUUUCUACCAAAAAAGGUAUAUAAAUAAACUAUUCAAACUAAAUCAUGGAAAUGAUACAUGCCACGGUUCCUGCCUUGUUGGAAUAUAAGUCUGCUUUGCAUUUAUUUCCCCACUUGAUAUGUGCAUAUUGGCGAGAUCUUUCAUUUUCAGGUGAAUUAGUCAUUGAUCCGUAACUGCCCAAAAAGAAUCGUAGGUUGGUUUAUAAUUUUUCUUUAGUUGUAGAUUAGAUUGGUCCAAUUUCAAGAAAUAUCUUCUGAGUUGACAUUAAUUUGCGUGUUUUGCCGUAACCAUCAGCGGUUUUGGUCCAUACAAAGGAAAAUACCAGCUACUUGUUUGCUGGAUAGUUAAGAAUAUGUUACAUUUGACAUUUGAUCAAAUGAAUGCAUAAUUGUAUAUACACGUAUAAUUAGAUAUUUCAAAACGUUUGUAAAGCUAUAUAUUAUGUUUAUCAUAAAUAAUACUGAUCUAAUAUGAUAAUUAACGUAGACUAAUUGAAUAUUUAUAAUUGCGAACCAAAUUAAUCUGAUCUGAUGAGUGAUGAACAAUCCCGAUUUUCGGUUUUUGUCAUAAACAUUUGUGUAACAAUAACAUUAAGACCAUCUUUAUCCGAGUCUCUUAAGGAGUCUCUUGGUUUAAUUACAAAUUAAAAAAAAAAAUAUAUAUAUAUCAAUUAUCAUAGAGACGUCUCUUAAUUAGGAUACACAAGAGACGGUCUCCUCUCCUUCCUUUCCCCUGUAGUUUCUUCUUCUCCAUCUCACUUCUGUCAUGCUUUCUUCGAAAUGGAGUCACUCCUCCACGCAACUUCGUCUCUAAGAAGAAGAAAAGCAAGAAAUACGACAGCCACAGUUUCUCCUCGAGACCUGACGAAGCCACCGGCCCGUUUCCUGAAUCCAUUCUUCUCAAAUAGGUUUUGAUUUCUCUCUCUCAAUUAGCUCAUGAGAACAAAGAAGAUAGUAAUUGGUUACUCUGUUAUCCUCUGUUUCUUGUCCAACCAUUUGAUGCUGAAAGUUUUGUGCUUUUUUGUUUAUAUGAAUUGGGUCACCCUUGUGAAGUUUGAUAGAGAAUGAUUGAUGUAGUCUUCUCACUCUCAAUGAUCUCACAUACCGCUUCGGAGUAAAAAUCCUCAAAAGAAGGAUGAAUGGUUCUCGUAAGCAAUCAAUCGUCUAUGCUGUUCGAGAUUACCAACCGCUAAAAGAAAGCAGCGUCGCUUGCUCUGCCACGACGACUGACGGAGCAAGAAGCUUAACGAUGCUAUGUUUUUCAAGUAGGAUGGGUGUGAAACAGGCUCUAAGGAGCAUCGAUGCGUUCCCAAGAGCAGAGUGAAAGUCUGAAGUCUCACAAGUACCAUACUGGGAGUGAUUGUGAAGUGCUUGCCCAUCUUGUAAGUACCAUUUCUUACUUCAAUAGAUAGAUAGAUGUUGUUUGUGUUUGUCUCGUGUUGUGACAUAUACAUAACCUUCAAAAGCUAAACAUAUGUAAUGAUGUCUACAAACAAAGUUAUAAUAUGUAUAUAUAUAUAAGCAAAUGAUUAUUCCAGUCUACUUUUAUGUAUACAUUUACCUGUGUUCCUAGAUUAUUUUGUGUA